UCUCUCUGUCCCUCUCUCCCUCUCUCUCUCUUUCCCUCUUGCUCUUUCCAAGGAGGCUAUGAGUGGUGAAGUCAUUUCUGUUGGUCCGCUCUUUUUAAACCGGCAGUCCUAGAGAGAAGACUCCACACUCUGUCAGAACAAGAGUACACAAACACACAUUCACACACAUUCGCACACGCACACACAUUCGCGCACCCAGAGGCAGCACCAGCUGAGAACACACUUCGCUCUCAACCUUUUACCAAGGAAAUCCAGGUAUGGCCAACAAGGGUCCCUCCUACGGCCUGAGCCGCGAGGUGCAGAGCAAGAUCGACAAGAAGUACGACCCCGAUCUGGAGGAGAGGCUAGUGGAAUGGAUCAUGGCCCAGUGCGGCUCCGGGGUGGGCCGGCCUGAGGCGGGCAAGCUGGGCUUCCAGACCUGGCUCAAGGAUGGCUGCGUCCUGAGUGAGCUGAUCAACAGCCUGUACAGCAGUGACAAACCCAUUAAGAAGAUCCAGACCUCGGGCAUGGCCUUCAAGCAGAUGGAGCAGGUGUCGCAGUUCCUGAACGCAGCAGAGCGCUACGGAGUCACCAAGACUGACAUGUUCCAGACCGUGGACCUCUGGGAGGGGAAGGACAUGGCUGCAGUGCAGAGGACCCUCAUGGCCCUGGGUAGUCUUGCAGUUACCAAGGAAGAUGGAACUUACCGUGGCGAUCCUAACUGGUUCUUUAAGAAAGCACAGGAGAACCGGCGGGAUUUCUCUGACGACCAGCUGAAGGAGGGGAAGAACGUCAUUGGGCUCCAGAUGGGAUCCAACAGAGGGGCGUCCCAGGCUGGGAUGACAGGGUACGGCCGACCCAGGCAGAUCAUCAACUGAGCCCCUGAAUCCCGCUUCCCUCUUCUUCCCUUUCCUCCCGCCCUGCUCCUACCCCUCCCUCCUUUCCCUGGCCAAUCACUGAAGUUUGGACUAGCUCCACAUGUUCCGAACCUUAAACGAAUGGGUCAGAUUCAUCCAGAACUUCACCAGGCCCCAGUCUGGAUCAAUACAGUGACCAAAUACACAUACACACAUGCAACAGUCUAAAACCACUUUGAGAUUGACCACACUGUAAAGCAACCAACUUUACACAAUACACACUGUGUAUGAAUAAACUGACUGCAGACUAUAAAAUAUUAUGCAUAUAACAAAGCCUUAACCAAAGAUCAAUAGCUGCAUGCACAAUCACACAACUAAGAGGUACUUACUCCCCACUUAAUUACGUCUUUAUGCAUAUUACUGGGUUAUUGACAGUUGUUGAUCCCUUCAAUUGAAAUGUCAAAACUGCCACCUUGGUUAACCAAAAGUUUUAUGAGGAUGCCUAUUUAAAAAGUAAAAGAGACAUAUUGUAUUUGCACUUGUAUUUGAGCAAAAUGAAGUCCAGUGGAAAUGCAAUGCUAAUAGCAUAACUGAGAUCUUUAGUGUCGGAUUAAGUUGGAUGAGAUUUGAAUUUGAGCUGAAAACAUGGAGCUGAGGGUGUGACACAAGCAUGAAUGUUUUUUUUUCCCCUCAUUGGGAAGAACAAAGUAAGAACGCUGUUCCUCAUGCAAAACCUGAAUCCUGACCAGUGCCUUGAGCCCUCCCUUCCACCGCCCAGUGUUUUUGUACAUUGUCUU